UCAUAACCAAAAAAUGUAUUUUACUUUGGCACUUUGGCAACAUUGCGGCGUCCACACUUCAAUCUUCAUUCGUAUUUCGUGUUGUUACUUGUUGUGGAACGGGACAGACCCUGUUCCUUUUCUACUAAUUUUCGGCACACGUUUUGGUUACUCAAUUUAGGAUUAGGUCGGUCUCCUAAGAUGGGUGGUUAUAAGUACGUGCAAGAAGUGUACCGGAAGAAGCAGAGCGAUGUUUUACGUUAUUUGUUGCGUAUUCGCGUCUGGCAGUAUAGACAAAUGACUCGCGUACACCGUGCGCCACGUCCCACUAGACCCGAUAAAGCUAGACGGUUGGGAUACAAAGCUAAACAAGGAUUCUCCAUAUUUAGAGUGCGUAUCAGGCGUGGUGGCCGCAAGCGUCCAGUACCUAAAGGUGCUACUUAUGGUAAACCCAAAAGCCAUGGAGUAAAUGAAUUGAAACCUAAACGCUGUCUGCAGUCAAUUGCUGAGGAAAGAGUUGGACGUCGUUGUGGAGGUCUCCGUGUCCUUAACUCUUACUGGGUAGGACAAGACUCAACUUUCAAAUUCUACGAAGUUAUUACUGUUGAUACCGCACACCCAGCCAUUCGUAGAGAUGCCAAGAUCAAUUGGAUCUGUAAUGCUGUUCACAAGCACAGAGAAUUGCGUGGAAAGACAUCAGCUGGUCGCUCGUCCCGUGGUCUUGGAAAAGGUCACGGUUUCUCACAGACAACCGGUGGAUCAAGGAAGGCAUGUUGGAAGCGCAAGAACACCUUGCAGCUUCACAGAAAACGAUAAAUCCAUUAUUAUUAUAUUAUGCUCUUUUGUAUUGCGUUUAUAUGGCAACAUUAUAUGUUAAUAAAAUGGUGUUUUAUCUGAAAA